CGGAGCAGGUCGCCGGCGGCGGCCACCAGCGGCGCGGAGAUGAAGGAGAAGGGCGGGUCGAGGGCGGCGGUGGACGAGCGGUACGCGCAGUGGAAGUCGCUCAUCCCCGUCCUCUACGACUGGUUCGCGAACCACAACCUCGUCUGGCCCUCCCUCUCCUGCCGGUGGGGUCCUCAGUUCGAGCAGGCUACCUACAAGAACCGUCAGCGCCUUUACCUGUCAGAGCAGACCGAUGGAAGUGUCCCUAACACCCUGGUCAUUGCAAACUGUGAAGUUGUCAAGCCACGGGUUGCAGCUGCAGAACACAUCUCACAGGUUAUUCAAUGUUCUUUGGUUUUCAGUUUGUCAGUGCAGAUAGUGUGA